UCAUCACUAAAAGCCCUCUGCGCUCGCACACACACACACGCACCACACCAAGAAUCCAUCUAUGUAUGUAUGUAUCUAUGUAUGUGUGUCACCUGAGAGAAAGAUUCGAUCUUUGCUAACUUUGCUGUUUCUUCCUUUCGUUUUCAGUUUCUUUCAACUUGUUUUUCACAAACAUAAAAAAGAAGAAAAGUGCAUAUAGCUAUAGCAAGAGCACAAGAAGUCACUCAGCUCAUUUAUAUAGUUUUAUUAAUAAUGGAGUCUGCAAACUUUCAUCUCCAUCAACAAGAAGAUCAUCAUCUUGUGACUUCUUCUUUUUCAUGGUCCCAAAAUCCCAUCUUGAACGGAACAAAUAACAUCAUAAAUUUAAGAACUCUUGACGCGAGUACCAAUUCCUCGGUUCAAGAUUUUCGAUUUCCUUACAAUAGUAUGGGGUAUCCAAUUGAGAACAUUGUGUCACAUGAAUUGCAAUGUCGUUCGCGUAUAAAAGAUGAGUUUUCAGUCGCAGAAUCGUACCCAAAAUUCUUAGAACUUUUAAAUGGCAGCCCAACAUCUAACUCUGAAGAUGUACACUUACAACCUUACUCGGUUGCAGAAUCGUACUCGAAAAUCAUAGAACUUUUAAAAGACAGCCCAAUGUCUAACACUGAAGAUAUACACUUACACCCUUACUCUACCUACUUGAAGAACAAUGAUCACCAACAAAUUAGCUACUCGAACAACGGUUCUAGGGGGACAUUAAGCCAGAUUUUCCCGACUAUAAGUGUUCCAAGUUUGAAUCAAUGCACCACCACCACAUCAUCAUCAUCUUCCUCUUCAACAUCAUCAUCUUCAGCAGUUUCUUCAACCUCUUUUGACAUGAACUGCUUGCCACCAUUGAAUCUUUUCGGUUCUCCAAGAUUUGAUCAUGGGAAUUUGAACUAUGAUGUAUCACUCAACACACAUAAUCAUGGUGAUAUAUCUUAUGGUUUUGAUCGUAUGCUUCAACCGAAUCAAAGGCCAUCAGCUUGCCCUAAUAAGAUGACAAGGGUCUCCACCACUGGAAGAAUAGAUCAAUCAGCAAAAAGGCCAGCUAGCAAAUAUGUAGAUGCAAAGGAGACUCAAUCUGUAGCACCCAAGAAAUCAAAAUUGGAACCACGUUCUUCUUCAGCGCCCUUUCAGCAGGUUAGAAAGGAGAAAUUAGGGGACAAAAUUGCUGCUAUUCAGCAGCUGGUGGCACCUUUUGGCAAGACUGAUACAGCUUCGGUACUAAUGGAGGCUAUUGGAUAUAUCAAAUUUCUACAAACACAAGUCGAGACACUUAGCGUGCCAUACAUGAAGUCAACAACAAACAAGAUUGAUGGAAUAUCAUCAGAACGGGGGCGAAUGGAGGAGGACGGAGAUAUUACAGAUGAGGUGAAGAGAGAUCUUAGAAGUCGAGGAUUGUGUUUGGUGCCACUAUCAUGCUUGUCAUAUGUUACAGAUGGAUGUGAAGGCAUGUGGCCACACCAUAAUCACCUAACAUGAUCAUGAAUGAGGUGUGGUUUGAUGUAUAAAUCACGAAUAUUAACGUCGACUAUGAUCAUGUGUUCACAUCUCGUUUUCCUUCCUACCUUCACAACAGUUUAAUCAGUCUCACUUUUUUCACAAGGAAAAAAUGGAGCAAAUUUGGUCAUCUUGUAGAUGUUAUCAAGUAUCGACCAUGUUUGAUCCAUCAAUGAGUUGAUGCUGUAUUAUAAUUAAUUAGUGAUGGUUAGACUUGAAUUAGUCAGUUAUGUGUUUUGCAUUGUUAGUUUAAAGUAUAUUUUUGUCUAACUCUUAUAAUAGCUUAAUGUAAUAGCAAUUUCGGGUUA